AUGACUGCCCCCAGAUUGCAACUCACGCACCCUCUCCCAGCGCCGGUCGUGCAUGUCGGGUUUUCGAUUCCUCAAUCCAAGUCUCACGUAUUAGCAGGCGUUCAAGACGCGUACUGGAGCGAUGAUGAUGCGGAAGAUCCAGAGUGCCCGCUUUGUAUGGAUGAAUUGGACAUUUCCGAUAUCAACUUCAAGCCGUGUGUAUGCGGUUAUCAGAUUUGCCGGUUCUGUUGGCAUCAUAUCAGGGAAAACUUGAACGGUCGUUGCCCUGCUUGCAGGCGAGAAUACACAGACGAUGCUGUGGAAUUCAAGCCUAUCCCAAAGGAAGACCAUAAGCGUCUGACUCAGCAGAAGAAGCAACGGGAGAGAGAGCGCAAGGAACUCGAUAACAUGGGCCGACGCCACCUUGCCAACUAUCGUGUUGUGCAGCGAAAUGUCGUCUAUGUCGUAGGCAUCGGCCCAAUGUUCGCCAAAGAAGAACUCAUCCCCACAUUACGCUCGCAUGAGUAUUUCGGACAAUACGGGAAGAUAUCCAAGAUCGUCAUUGUAAAGCGGACACCAUCGGGAGGAGCGCCCGUGGUCGGACUGUAUAUUACUUAUCACCGACGUGAAGACGCGGCUCGCUGUAUUGCUGCAGUCGAUGGCAGCCCUUCACCUGGGAGCGCAAGUAGAUCCGACGUGAUGAGAGCUAGCUAUGGGACAACCAAAUAUUGCAUGGCAUUUUUGCGCGGUGGCACCUGCAGCGACAACAGCUGUAUGAACCUCCACGAGUGGGGUGAUGAGAAGGAUUGCUUUACGAAAGAGGAUCUGACGACCUUAAAACAUACAAUGAAGGCCACGGAAAGCAAAUCCAGGCCUGGUGAGAAAGGUAGCGAAGGCCUUCCGAAGGCCGCUUCCUGGGCCCAAAGUUGGACUCAGAAAGGCCCGAGCCAAUCAUCUAGCCAUGGGACUAAUUCCAGUGCCUCGACAAGCACUCGGUCAACGCGUCGUCUUGCUGGCAACCCGCGCCCAGCUCGCACUGGACAUGUAAGUACGAGCAGCGGCGAAUCUCGACCAUCAGGCGCACGCUCGGAACGUACAAAGACGAAUACAAAGACACCAUCUCAGGCAUCGUCCUCCCGCCCCGGUACACCAGCACCAUCGGGCCUUCCUGCUCGUCCCGCAACGCCGCCCGAAGUCAAAGCUUUGCGACGCAAGGAGUCUACCCCUCCAGAACCGUCAAUAUCACCAGCACCUUCUACUAACGCGGCCUCUGAUGUUGGCUCGCUUGACAUUCCUCUUGCAUCGCCCGAUAUACCUUUGUCCGCCGCCCUUUCUCCUACCCUCCCCUCAGCUCCCGCCGUUCCUCCUGGCAUUCCUAUUGUCCCUCCUGGCCUAUCUGUACCUCCUGGCCUGCCCGCGCCAAAUAGACUCGCCAAAAGUGAUGGCCCUGUGUCACAGACUCCAAUACUUGCCGCUCAGACAACGUACCAGAUGUCGAACGCCGCACGCGCCUUGCUUGACGACAUGCAGACCAGGAGAGAGGCCGCACCUCUUCCCGUUAGCUCCAGUGUCUUCCCCGAUCUUGACCAUCUCCUUCAAGCAUUAAGCGGCGCUGAUGACGGAGGUGGAUUCAGCUUCAAUCUUGAUCCUUCCCUUGCGGCCAAGAAUGCAGAAGACAACCAGCCCCUUCCAGAAAUGGAAGCCGUAGUCAACCUUCCCUUCCAGGGCACCUACUUGGAUGCUUUCCCCGCUCUAAGAGGGCCACCAGGCCUCCCACCGAUCAACCCUCCGCCUUUGCCUUAUGGGCGUCCGAUAUUCGAUGCGUCUACUAUGAGUGCUUCGCCCGCUCCAUCCGGGGAUCCUCCGUCUACUAGUUCCAGUUAUACCGGCUCGUUCGACCCUUUUGCGGAUGCAAAUGAUGAUAUACCCAGUUUCUCAUCGUCUGCUCGCCGCCCGCAACUGUCUAUGCCAGACGAUGAAGGCCGUAAAGUGUCUCGCUUCGGCUUUGCUCGUGGCCGGCAGGGUUCCACCGCUGCUUCCUCGCCUUUGCACGCAUCAUCGCCCAUUAAUAGCAAUGAUACACACUCAUUCUUCAAUUCCAACGACAUGCCGCAUCCACAGGAUCUAGCAAAACAUUUUUGGAUGCCUCCAGCCGGAUCUUACGGCUUUCCAAGCUCGUCGUCUGCAUCUCCACAUGUGUUGCACGCUCAAGCUGCUGUCCCCCAGCCAUCCGGUCGCUUCCAACCCUUCGACAACAACGCCAUUGAAAACCACUUACGAGAUUUCGUUCAAUCAAGCCAGCAGCGGGCGGACAUGAAACAACAUGGUUUAGGCCGCCAGCAACAAUUCCAUGAUCCUGCCAUUAUGAGUGCCAAAUUCUCGGCGCCCAUGGCUGACAAUGGGUAUAUGCAGUCGCCUCCACCAUCCACAUUGCCGCCUCAACUUUCAUAUGGCCCGCCUCCGGGCCUCGUCUCGACUAUGCUUCAACCUACCAACCACAAUGUCUCGAAUAUGAUGGAAGCCAAUGCACCUGCAUCUACAUCCCCGGUGCUAUCCCCUUCCGACUUUCCUGCUCUGACCGCUAGCCCUAUCGAGUCUUCUCCCGUCGACAAUAAGCCCGUUCCCGAUGAGAUAUCUCCCGUACCCGUAGUUCCCUCCGCUAAACUUGACAAGAAGGCUGCGAAGAAGGCUGCCGCCGCAGAAAAAGCGGCCGAGCGACGGAAGCAGGCCGAAGAGAAGGCUGCUGUCAAGGCGGCGGAGAAGGCUCGGCAAAAGGCCGUCGAACGUGAACAGGCCGCUGCUUUGAAGGUCCAGCAAGAAAAGGAUGAUGCGGACAGGGAGCAGGAACAGCGAGAGAAGCAACGGGCAGAGAAAGAGAAGGCAGAGAAAGAGAGGAUAGAGAAGGAGAAGGUAGAGAAGGAGAAGGAUCUCGCGGACAAGUUGAAGGCAGCCCGGUUGAAGGAGAAGAUGGACAAAGCUUUGAAGGCAGAGAAGAGCAAGGUCGAUAGCGCUGCGGCGAUUGACGUCACGAAGGGCGCAUCGAAGAAGGCCGGGAAACAAAUUGAAGCGCGAUCAUCCGUCGCGCCUCGCUCGAGCAACGUAUCCACAACUUCGCUUCCUCGUCAGACGCAGCUGCAGGCAAUAUCUCCAGCCGAGCCCACGCAGGUCCCGCUCCUAUCGAAGAAACCAAAGAAAACGAAACCCGCAGCGAAGCCGGUCAUCAAGGUUCCUAAGGACGAGGAUUCUGCUGCUGAUGUCGCCUCCAGUCAUUCUUCCAUCGUACAAUCGGAGUCCACCUAUAUACCUCUCAACAGAGGCGGCCUCCUUGACACGAGUGCUUCGAAUUCCAGGGCACAAUCUGUGGAUCGUGAUUCUCGACAACCAGUCUCGCUUAAAGAACUGUUGGAAGAGAUCUGUGUGAUGAGUCCUUACCUGGAUCUUCCGGACCAUCCAUUCUUCGAUACUUCCAAAAUUAACCCCGCUGCCAAGAUGCCUCUUGAAUAUGGUCCUCUUGUCCAUGCAUUGUCGGCGCUCUCGGUUGGUGGUAGUUCCUUUACCAACAACAUGCCUUCUGGUUCGAUCGACAACGCUGUAUCUUCCUUCCAACAACUUCUGGAAACCCUGACUCAGACAAUUUCCGACCUCCUUCGACUUCUUCCACGGACGACCUGGGAUGACAGUUCUUCAUUCGAUGGCGUCUUACGUGACAUGCUCAAGGGUGAUGACUUCCUGGAUGAAGGAGGCGACGACGGGACGACCGGGAAAGACGACGAAGUGGCCGCCCUCACUCUGGCACUUGAACGACGCGCCCGAUGGAUGGAAGUUCAGCUCUCCAAGCUCGAAGAGUUGCACCGUGACAUCAACAAUGCCGCUGUACGCGCUGUGCUAUCUUUCAACGACAGCGGUUGGGACCGUCAUGCUGCUCUUCCCAGGUCGGGGAACAGCCUUAAACGUUUCGAUUCCAUCGGUCUGGUCCACGAAAAUGGAACGUCGAGGCCCAUGACCGCAGAUGAACUACAAGAGAAACUGAAGGUUGCAGAGGAGGCGGCCAUCUUUGCGGAUACGGAGCUUCGAGAGUCCAUGGAGAAGAUGCAGAAAAUCCGGCCGGAGGACCAUGAUAUAUUCUAA